UAUACAUGUACCUCCGGGAGUCGCAUUGUGGUUCUUGUUUUGACUCUGAAUUAAAUAAUUACUGAAUUAAUUUUGGAUUUUAUGUCGUAUCUUUCAAGGCUCCUUGGACAAACAUGGACACGAUAUUGUUUAGGAUCUUUAUUAGUAUCAUAAGUUAUGAUGCCAUUUUAGCCGAUUCUGAACUCCCUUGGUGUAAUCCAGAUUGUACAUACUUAGCUUGGGAACCAUGGACACCAUGCGAACCUUCAAGAAUCGAGAUUCAAGAGUCAAGAUACUGUGAAAUAAAUGUUCAAAGACGUAAACGGAGUUUUGGAACGUUGAAUGACUGUAAUGAACAAUUUAAAUCAUGUCAUACGGAAGAGGUUCUUUGCGGAAGUUCGUGCGAUCUCGUCGCUUGGCCCGAAAACUGGCACCCAGACUGCCCAUGUCCCGAUGGAUAUUUUGGUACUUGCUGCCAGCAAGUUGUUCACUGCGGUCCUCCGCCUACCAUUAAAAAUGGAAGAUUCAAAGAAAUUGAUGCCGAAAAUGGUCAAAGAUACAGAUUUAAAGAUUAUGUGGACUACACGUGCGAGAAAGGAUACAAUAUGACGAAAUUGUCAUAUGGGUGGAUGUAUUGUGAUAAGGAAGGAAAUUGGUCGGGAAAAUUGCCGGAAUGUUUGGUUGUGGAAUGUGAAGAGCCAAAGUCUAUCGAGCACGGUUCCUAUCGCAACAGGUCAAACAAAUAUGUGUACAACAACGAAAUAACUUAUACAUGUGAUAAAGAUUAUAUUAUGACUAAUUCGUCAAAUGCGAAAAGCAUGCUGAAUCGUGUAGAAGUACGCCUUGUGGCAAUAAUGGAACCUGUACAAACCUUCUUGAUGGCUAUACUUGUACAUGUACUGUUGGUUGGAUGGAAAAGACUGUGA